ACUCUCCCUCCUCUCCCUCCUCCAGGCUCCUGAUGGGCUUCAUGGGUGUCACGGCCUUCCUCUCCAUGUGGAUCAGCAACACGGCCACCACAGCCAUGAUGGUGCCCAUCGCCCAGGCCGUCCUGCAGCAGCUGCAGAAGUCGGAGCUGGAGCAGACCGCUGCGGAGCAGGGGGCCACCCAGAAUGGGACCAUCAACCGGGCCUUUGAGAUGCAGGAGGCCCCCCCGCAGCAAGCCCAGGUGCAGGUGGUGGUGAAGGAGAAGCUGCCGGAGGAGGCUGAGCAGAAGCUGGACGAAGAGCUGCAGCAGCUGCAGCAGAAGCACCAGACCUUGUGCAAAGGGAUGAGCCUGGCCGUCUGCUACGCUGCCAGCAUCGGCGGCAUCGCCACCCUGACGGGCACCACCCCCAACCUGGUCAUGAAGGGGCAGAUGGACGAGCUCUUCUGCCGCAACGACAACGUGGUGAAUUUUGCCUCCUGGUUCACCUUCGCCUUCCCCGCCAUGCUGGUGCUGCUGGUCCUCUCCUGGCUGUGGCUGCUGGUGAUGUUCCUGGGCUUGGACUUCAAGAAGAAUUUCGGCUGCGGCACCAGCGAGGCGGAGAAGCGGAAAUCGGAGCAGGCCUACAGCAUCAUCAAGAGCGAGUACCGGGCGUUGGGCAGGAUGAAGUUCUCCGAGGUGGCUGUCCUCAUCCUCUUCAUCGCCCUGGUGGUCCUUUGGUUCACACGGGAGCCUGGCUUCAUGCCCGGAUGGGCCAACGCACUCUUCAGCCAGAGGGCAAAGAGCCACAUCACGGACGCCACCGUGGUCAUCCUCAUCUCCCUCCUGAUGUUCUUAAUCCCCUCCGAAUUGCCCAGGUGUUCUUCCGGGGCCCAGCAGGAAGGCAGCCCGGGGCAGAUCCGCGCGCCCCCCGCCCUCCUGGACUGGACCACCGUCAACCGGCAAAUGCCCUGGAACAUCGUCAUCCUCCUGGGCGGGGGCUUCGCCUUGGCCAAAGGCAGCGAGGUCUCCGGCCUGUCCACCUGGCUGGGGAACAAGCUGACGCCGCUGCAGAACAUCCCGCACCCGGCCAUCACCUUCCUGCUCUGCCUGCUGGUGGCCGUCUUCACCGAGUGCACCAGCAACGUGGCCACCACCACCCUCUUCCUGCCCAUCCUGGCAUCCAUGGCCCAGGCCAUUGAGAUGAACCCCCUCUACGUGAUGCUGCCCUGCACCCUUGCCGCCUCUCUGGCCUUCAUGCUGCCGGUGGCAACGCCGCCCAACGCCAUCGUCUUCUCCUACGGCAACCUCCGCGUCAUCGACAUGGUCAAAGCCGGCUUUAUGCUGAACCUCCUGGGUGUGCUGACCAUCAUGCUGGCCAUCAACACCUGGGGUGGGCCCAUGUUCAACCUGCACCAGUUUCCAGCCUGGGCCCACGUCAACGCCACCCAAUGCUGACGGGUGGGAAAGAGGGUGACCCGAACUCAGAGCAGCUUGCCCGGCCCUGAGCUGGUUUCUGGGGCAUCCGGUGGCCUCGCUCUGGGGGGCACAACGUAGCUCAGACCGGACCGGCCCUUGAGGAUGGCCAUGGGCCCUCUGGGCGCCUGCCGUGUUGCCAGCCAGCGAGACUUGAUUUUCUGCCUAAGCGGCGCUGGAGGCGGCCUGGCACAAGGCUUGGGGGGGGGCUGCCACUAUGCCCACCACGGGUGGAGCAGCUGCCUCUGUGCCCGCCCCAGACAUGCUCCUGCUGGCCGUGCCCCCAACCUCUGGAUGCAGCUGCCUGCCCAGCACCCGGCCUGGCGCUUCCCUCUCAGCUGGCCUGCAGAAUCUCCCGCCAGGGCCGGCCCCUGGGCUCCCCCCGGACACAAGGAGACCGGAAGUCGGUCAAAUAAACCGGUUUUCAGCCACUCCUCCUUCCUGGGUGCUUUGUGGGCAUUU